AAGUCCGUCUCAUUAAUGUGGCUCGCUUCACACUGCUAGCUGAGCAAUUCCUACGUAGCCACAUAUUACAGCUUUAUCUGGAGUGUUAUAAAUCUUUUCCGAUAUUGUUUGGUGGGAAAUAAAAUGUUCCGUAGGAAGCUUACGGCUUUAGAUUAUCAUAAUCCUUCGGGUUUUGACUGCACAGAUGAAACCGAGUUCAGAAAUUUCAUCGUUUGGCUGGAGGAUCAGAAAAUCAGACAUUAUAAAAUCGAGGAUCGUGGAAACCUCAGGAACAUCUCGAGCUCUGAGUGGCCAAAGUCCUUUGAAAAGUAUCUACGAGACGUGAGCUGCCCAUUCGGUGUUCAGGAAAGGUGCGAGGCCAUCGACUGGCUGCUGGGUCUCGCAGUUCGGUUUGAAUACGGUGACAAUGUGGAGAAAUACAGAAACUGCACACCUGCAGAGGAGGUGAACAACGCAACACAAAAACCAGCCGACCCUCUCAUUAACCUGGACAGCAACAAUCCUGAUUUUAAGGCUGGAGUCACGGCCCUGGCAAACCUUCUCAAAAUUCAGAGACACGAUGACUAUCUGGUGAUGCUCAAGGCCAUUAGGAUCCUUGUCCAAGAACGCUUGACUCCUGACGCCAUUUCAAAAGCCAGCAAGGCAAAAGAGGGUUUGCCAGUUGCUUUGGACAAGCACAUCCUAGGCUUUGACACCGGCGACGCCACUCUGAACGAAGCGGCUCGUAUCCUCCGGCUCCUGCACAUCGAGGAGCUGCGCGAGCUCCAGACAAGAAUCAACGAGGCCAUCGUGGCUGUGCAGGCCAUCAUCGCCGACCCAAAGACCGAUCACCGUCUCGGCAAAGUGGGCAGAUGAUCACACACUCCGUGGACGGCGUGAAAUGGAACAGGACGAUUGGUGUUUAAUUGUGCCAUGAUUGUGGAGAAAUGAAUUUGAAAACGAAGAUUUUUGCGUUGCCCUUUAGACCUAAAAAGCUCAGAAAUGUUUUUGGACAUUUGGAGAAUAUAUGAGUUGCACCAUCAAACAGUACAUUAACAGUUUUUUUCACUUAUACAAAGCACUGUGCGUUUCCUGUAACAGAUCUGUUUCGUUGGAAAUGAUGAAGUGGCUUUUGGACAGCAAGUUUUUUUUUUUUUUUGUGGGUGUGUGUUUGUUUGAGACUUGCUUUUUCUUUCAAUGAAAAAAAGAUAAAACUGCAAAGGCAUGUGUGCAUACGUAUAAAUUACAUUAAUGCAAA